CGGCAGCAGAUAGGUAGGAAGUCGCGGUGGAGAUGGGCUGAAACACCUCCCCGGCCCAAAACCUAUAAGAGAAAGCCUCACACGUCUGCCGCGCAGAAAACUCCCAGCAGAUCCCAGCGGUUUUGCCUGUAAUGCCCCAGUGUGGGCUGGGCAGUUUGGGUUGCGAUGCCUUACGUGGACCGGCACAACAGAAUCUGUGGCUUCUUGGACAUCGAGGAGAAUGAGAACAGUGGCAGGUUCCUUCGACGAUAUUUCAUCCUGGACACACAGCAGGGCAGCCUGCUCUGGUACAUGGACAACCCACAGAACCUGCCUAAAGGAGCGGAGAAUGUGGGCUCUCUUAAACUCACCUACAUCUCCAAGGUUAGUGAUGCCACCAAGCUGCGGCCAAAGGCAGAAUUCUGCUUCGUUAUAAAUGCAGGAAUGAGGAAGUUCUAUCUGCAGGCUAACGAUCAGCAGGACCUGGUGGAGUGGAUCAGUGUCCUGAACAAUGCAACCAAGAUUACAGUGCCAAAGUCAGGGGACAGUCAGGCCAGUUCAGAAACUCCUCAAGACAUACUGGGAGCCAUGAAACAGGUCUCCUAUAAGACUGAGAUUAUUGGAGGCGUCCCUAUUAUCACUGCCACACAGGAGCAAGGGGAAGGGCAGAAUGGGGCGGAGCGAGGUGGUCUGAGGCGAGGACAAAAUCAGCUACCCUACUUCCUGUCCCGAGGUAUGCAGGACCAUGCUGUCAUCAAAGCUGGCUUCUGUGUCAAACAGGGAGCUGUGAUGAAGAACUGGAAGAGAAGGUACUUCCUGCUAGAUGAAAAUGCUGUCAGCUACUUCAAAUCUGAUGUGGAGAGGGAGCCAUUGAGAGUCAUACCACUGAAGGAGGUUCACAAAGUCCAAGAGUGCAAGCAGAGUGACUUGAUGAUGAGGGACAACUUGUUUGAGGUGGUCACAAGCUCCAGGACGUUCUACAUACAGUCUGACAGUCCAGAGGACAUGCACAGCUGGAUCAAGGCCAUCUCAGGGGCCAUCGUGGCUCAGAGAGGCCCUGGACGCUCAGCUGCCACUAUACGUCAGGCCAGAAGGCUGUCCAGCCCUUGUAUACAGAGGUAUACGGCAAUCUGCAGUGGUGAAUGCAGCACGAACGCAGUGAACACUCCUCAUCCCCCAUAUCCUCCUCCACCUUCUACUACUCCCUCGACCAAGAACUGCACAUCCCACAAUGCCCCACUGCCUCAGCGAGCACUCAGCCUGACGUUGGACACGCGCCACCAGGACGACUUCCUGGGUCUGCUGCCGUGGAGACUGAGUGGCGUUCACUCCAGCACGGCGAUGGUGAUGAUGCCCAUUCCUCCCGCGCGGUCCCGCCUGUCGCUGCAAGAGACGGUCCGGUCUUCAAAGUAACGGGGCGCGACGAGGACGGGUCACCGUGGAAGCGGCGCAGCGAGGUUGGGAUGGAGUUCGGUGAUGGGGAGGAGCCUAGGUUUCCUAAAACAGAGGAUCCAGACAUUCAGAUAAGCCUGUUAUGACGAUGAUAAUGAUAAUGAUAGCGUUGGUGAUGAUGACACAUUUUUACACAUACCCCAUGCUGAAAGACUGUGUUGCCCUUUGUGUGCUGGGAAAAAUUCCUGUGACUGACAUAAAACAUAACAACCCCCCCCCACACACACACACACACAUACAAAUGAACCUCUUGCUGGUCAAACUAUCCUGCUGCAAAACAAUCUUAACAAAUGCCCACACACACAUACCACCACCAUCAACCCCCCCCCCUUAUCCCAUCUCUUAAGAACUUAAUGAUUGGCACUGUGUGUGUGUGUGUGUGUGGUGUGUGUGUGUGAGGGUGGCCCACAUCCUUACGCUUAACCUCUGGUAUGUUACAAGUCCGAGAUGAAUUCUGCUUUUGUUAUUUCUUUGUUUUUCUCUUUUUCUGUGUUUCGAGGUGUCACUUUAUUCCCUAGUAUUGUUAACGUUAUAUCGCUGCUGACAAAAAGAACCCCAACAAUAACAUACACUGACUAUGAAAAUUUUGUUUUUCUUGAGUGAAGAACAGAAUGCUUAUUUUCAUACUGUCGCACACAUUUGUGAAACUCACUUUAUAUAUACACAGUCGUGUAAAUUAGCAGUUCAUCUAAGAAAUUGUAAGAAACACCAAAACUGACAUUUUUUUUCUCCUUCCAUGCAACAGGCAUGACUUAAGCCAAACCGAUGAAGGCUCUGAUACACUGGAAGUGUCUGACUGGCACUCUAAGAGACUGACACACCGAGAAACUGACUAAUCCAGCUUCUCAGUUUCUUUUAUAUGACAAUCCUUCUUGAUACUGUAAAUUUUUAAACCUGCGUGUCCACUAGGAACCCCCCCCCCCCGUGACCUUCAUUUACAAGGAUCUCCCUUCCUGCUGUAACAUUUGCGAGAACAUAUUUCGGGUGCUCAUGGCACUAACUCUCUAAGUUAAAACUGUUUUAAAAAAGAGUGCCAUGCUUCAAAUGGACUUUUCAGUAGUUGGACAAGAAGUCCGGACCAGCACCUUACAAGCAUCUGUUGGGCACUGCUGGCUGUGAAAAGGGGUGCCCGGUGGAAACCAAGACGUAUGAGUAGAAACUCUUGUUGUGACAUAUAAAAUCAGUAUGAGAAGACAUUGCAACUCAGCUGUUCCAAGCUUAAGACUGUACUGUGUUUUUUUGUCUUUAUUGUGAUCACAAACAAACUCACCUCCUGCAUAUUGAUGUUAUAUUUGUGUUAUAGAUACAUUUGCUUUUAUGUUCACUGUUUUGCAUCCUGUAUCGCGUUAAAAAAAGUGGAGAGAUAUGAAAACCAAAUUCGGUGAACACACUGUUGCUUAAUAUAUUUGUAAAGGCUCAUCUCUUCAGAGAAAUUGUUCUUUGUUUUUUGGUUGUUGUUUUUUUUUUUUGUGGAUUUUUCCCCUUUUUUCUCCAAAUUGUACUUGGCCAAUUACGCCACCUUUCUGAGCCGUCCCGGUCGCUGCUGCACCCCCUCUGCCGAUCCAGGGAGGGCUGCAGACUAUCACAUGCCUUCUCUGAUACAUGUGGAGUCGCCAGCCGCUUCUUUUCACCUCACAGUGAGGAGUUUCACCUGGAGGAUGUAGCACGUGGGAGAAUCACACUAUCCCCCCCCCCCCGAGCAGGCGCCGUGACUGACCAGAGGAGGUGCUAGUGCAGCGACGUGGACACAUACCCACAUCUGGCUUCCCACUCGCAGACACGGCCAAUUGUGUCUGUAGGGAUGCCUGACCAAGCCGGAGGUAACACGAGGAUUUGAACCGGAGAGUCCCGUGUUCGUAGGCAACGGAAUAGACUGCCACGCCACCCGGACGCCCCCAGAGAAAUGUUUCUUAAACUCAGCAGAGUCCAAAUUCUCAGGAGUCUGGGGGGCUAAGCAACCCUGAAUGAGCUUUGGGACCCCUUAAAAGAAGCAAACAUUUCCCUAACUGGGACUCUAAAAUUUGAAUCGAAGCAUAUAUUGGCAUUUGAGUUUUUCAUUUUUGCAUUGGAGAGGAUUUCUAGUGGCAGAAAGAGCCCCACUUCGAAUGAGAUGGGCUUAAGACCCAAAAAACGGGUCACUGCCAGGGCAGGUCACAAACCCCCCCUCUUUUUUUUUUUGUCAAUCACCGGCUACUGCAGCAGAUAAAGCCCAAAAUUCACCAGGCAAUUUCACAUCCAGUAUCCUUCACUACUGCAGCAGCAAGCUAGUUUUCAAAAAACCCUAGACUCUCCAAAUGAUGGUUGGGUGCUCUCCAAAAUCGCCAGUGGAUAAAACAAACUUAACAACCACAGUUUAAAUGCACCAGCAUCAAGUUGGUGGCUUGAUGCCACUUUGCUCCCUGACCUAUCACCAGUCCCCACAUGACAAGAGUACCGAUGAUAUUCGAUGAGCCUUUGUCUCUGGACAGCACUGAAUUUAUCCUGUUUUAGGUUUUCAGCUAAAAAACCUAAAGGACUUGUUUUACAGAACUCUUAAUGCCAUUUUAUAUGCUGGUUGUGGUGGGAUGUUUUCUUUCCUGUGUUUGUGGUCUUGUGUAAGUGAUGAGUCCGUUAUUAACAGUAUAAAGUGCUUUUAAGGAAAAACAAAUCUAAGUUGCUUACUGACUUUUUUUAAACACGUGCAUUUGCAUGCGCACAGCCUCUUUCUAUCUGCAGUAACAAUCAAAUCUCUCUAUCGUUAUCUGUGUAAAGUUUCUCUCCUCCACCCCGUUAUGUCCCUCUGAAACAUAAGCUGGGUUAAGUGCCUGCAUUGUUCUUUUAAAAAAAAAAGUUGAUAGGAGAUGAGCCGUUUUGACCCUUUUUAGGUGUGUACUUGAUGUUGUUCAAAAGUCAUGCACAUUAUUUAUUAAGCAGAGUUUGAGAAUAAAAACUGGAUUGG